AUGUCAAUGCACUUUGCGGAUGCUGCAGCUGGGGAAGACUUCUUGUUGGGACGCUUGCCCCAUGAAUCAAAGUCUGGCUCGGUGCAAUCCCCCUGCAACAUCCUUCAACAAAAACAACCCAGUUGCCAACCACAGGCAGUUGACGAGGCGGUUACUGGCAGCCUGAGGUACUUCUUGAGGGCCAUUUCGAUUGCAGACCACGGAUGUCGUUUGGGCAUCAAAGUGCAGUGCAAUGCGCAGGGCCACGUGACGUUUCUGGAUUUGUCAGCUCCUCGACGCAUGUCUGGUGGUGGAGCCAGCAAUGUCCGAAUUGUCUUGAUCCUGUUGUGUGAGGAUAUGGAGCUGAACGGAAGGCUCUCUGAAAAGCUGGGGCAACUGUCAGCACUGGAAGAAAUUCACCUGGAUCACAACUUUCUGCGAGGUUCCAUUCCCUCACAGCUGGGUUACCUUGCGGCACGAUCAACGGGUCGGACGGGUGAGCUUGGAUCCCUCCGAAUGCUGUCUCUGGACAACAACGUUUUGACCGGAGAGAUUCCAAGGGCCUUGGGCCAACUCACAUCCUUGCGGUGGCUUCUGCUAUGGCGGAACCUACUUUCGGGGGAAAUUCCCGCCGAGCUGGGGCAAUUGAAGUCGUUGUCCAGGCUUCAUCUUCAGCACAACCAUCUCGGGGGCCACAUUCCCAAGGAGUUCGGAAGGCUUCAAGCUUUGGAACAGCUGCGUAUGUUCGACAACCAGCUAGAAGGAGAGAUCCCCAAAGAAAUGGGCCAACUUGAAGCACUACAAGAGCUGCGCCUUUCCGACAAUAGGCUGAGUGGAGAGAUUCCUGCAGAACUUGGAAAUCUGCGGAGACUAAAACUUCUUUCGCUUUCGAAUAACAAGCUGAACGGAAGUAUUCCCAAAGAACUGGGAGAACUCAAGUCUUUGCAGCGGCUGGAACUUAUGGUCAACCAGCUAGAAGGAGAGAUCCCCAAAGAAAUGGGCCAACUUGAAGCACUACAAGAGCCGCGCCUUUCCGACAAUAGGCUGAGUGGAGAGAUUCCUGCAGAACUUGGAAAUCUGCGGAGGCUAAAACUUCUUUCGCUUUCGAAUAACAAGCUGAACGGAAGUAUUCCCAAAGAACUGGGAGAACUCAAGUCUUUGCAGCGGCUGGAACUUAUGGUCAACCAGCUAGAAGGAGAGAUUCCCAAAGAAAUGGGCCAACUUGAAGCACUACAAGAGCUGCGCCUUUCCGACAAUAGGCUGAGUGGAGAGAUUCCUGCAGAACUUGGAAAUCUGCGGAGGCUAAAACUUCUUUCGCUUUCGAAGAACAAGCUGAACGGAAGUAUUCCCAAAGAACUGGGAGAACUCAAGUCUUUGCAGCGGCUGGAACUUAUGGUCAACCAGCUAGAAGGAGAGAUCCCCAAAGAAAUGGGCCAACUUGAAGCACUACAAGAGCUGCGCCUUUCCGACAAUAGGCUGAGUGGAGAGAUUCCUGCAGAACUUGGAAAUCUGCGGAGACUAAAACUUCUUUCGCUUUCGAAUAACAAGCUGAACGGAAGUAUUCCCAAAGAACUGGGAGAACUCAAGUCUUUGCAACAACUGAGGCUUCAGUCCAACAACCUUAUGGGAGAGAUUCCAAAGGAGUUGGGCAAUCUUUCUUUAUUGCAAGAGCUUUUGCUCACGCGAAACCGCUUGAAGGGACAUAUUCCUAGACACCUGGGGGCCCUCCGGUCCCUUCAGCUAUUGGAAGUUGACAAGAACCAUUUGGAGGGUACGAUUCCAAAAGAACUGGGGUCGCUCAAGAGGUUAACACGUCUGAAUCUGGAUCAAAAUCGUUUGUCUGGACCAAUUCCAGCAGAACUGGGCCAGUUAUUUUCUGUGACAACGAUCAGCUUCGAAGAGAACCAGUUAACUGGGUGCAUUCCGGGAGAGCUGGGGGAACUGAAGCUACUCAGGGCACUGUCCUUGCGGGAAAACCAGCUAUGUGGAAGGAUACCCCCCGAGCUGGCGAAACUCGGGGAAAAUGGACAACUGCAUGAUCUUUAUUUGUCACAGAAUCAGCUCAGUGGGGCGAUUCCCCAAGAGCUGGGCUAUCUGCAGCAGCUCCGUGAUCUAAGUCUGCGGAGCAACAACUUCACAGGGUCAAUCCCCAAGAGCCUUGGGAAGCUGAAGAAUUUGAAGGAGUUGUACAUUGACCACAACCAACUGACGGGCGAGAUCCCGCUGGAGCUGGGUGAUUUGCCGCAGCUGCGAUCGCUGUAUUUGGAUCAUAACCAGCUGCAGGGGUCCAUCCCAGCUGCGUUGAUGAAGCUGAAGCGCUUGACUCGGCUCUCUUUGGGCGAGAAUCGGCUCACUGGGGCUCUACCAUCGUUCCUUCCCCUUGCGAGUUUGUUAGAGCUGUCGCUGCAGCGAAAUCGGCUGCAUGGGCCAUUGCUUUCUGUCCCACAGAGGUGCG